CCAGACACACUUGGAACCCAUGCGAUAAGAAGCUACUGCUACAGAUUUCUCCCUCUCCCUCUCCUCACUCUGAGAUGCUCCAAUCUUGUCUUCUUCCAGGGAUAAUGAUGGCUCUCAGUAGAAGCCUAAAACUUUUCAGUAUUUGCUGUGGCCUGCUGCACUGAUUUCUCGGUCCAUGUGCACCGGGCCUGCUCCUGUAUGAUCGUAUAUAACUGAGAAAGAGGCACUUAAGAGCUCGGAGAACAGCAUCGACAUGGUGAAAGACAUGCCGAGCGAUCCCACGCCCUCGACCCAGAUCUCCUUGGACGUCAUGCAGUUUGCCGAGCUCGGAUCGAAGCUGGCGCUUAACCAGUUCGAAGUCUCUGCUCAGGACCAGAGUUGCUUCCUCAAGUUGCAUGACGACGAGUUGGUGACUUCUUCCACCGCCUUGCGUCCGUCGCUUCUUCCUCCUCCACCAGCUACGAGUAGGUUGGACGAGGUGCGACAGCUCCAGAACCGGCGGAAGAGGGCAAGAGCUUGGAAGACGAGCGAGGAGGUGGAGAGCCAAAGGAUGGCGCACAUCGCAGUGGAACGCAACAGGAGGAGGCAGAUGAAUGAGCAUCUCCGGGUGCUGAGAUCUCUCAUGCCCGGAUCUUAUGUGAAAAGGGGAGACCAGGCGUCCAUAGUGGGUGGAGCCAUCGAGUUGGUGAGAGAGUUAGAGCAACUCCUACAACGCCUGGAGUCCCAAAAGAGACGAAGACUCUUCGGCGGUGGCAAAGCUCCAAAAUCGGUGAUGGAUGGCCCGCCGCUGCCUCUCCAGCAGCGCCACCAGGUUAAUCUUCUUGAUCUCGACCACAGCAGCCGCCUCCGGGAGGAGAUUGCGGAGAACAGGUCCUGCCUGGCCGACGUCGAGGUCAGGUUGCUGGGCUUCGACGCCAUGAUCAAGAUCCUCUCUCGUCGGCGGCCGAGGCAGCUCAUCAGGACCAUCGCAGCCCUCGAGGACUUGCAGUUGGCGAUCCUCCACACCAGCAUCGCCACCAUCGAGCCGACCGUUCUCUACUCCUUCAACGUCAAGAUUGCAAGCGAAUCCCUAUGCACUGCGGAAGACAUUGCCAACUCCGUCCAACGGAUCCUGUGCUUCAUCGAUGCAAACACAUCAUCACAAGCGUAAAAUUAAACAGGGUGAAACCGUAGCAUUUCCUGGUUUCUUCUUCUUCUUCUUCUCUCUCUCUCUCUCUCUCUCUCACUCUCUCUGUACGUAUGUAGCCAAUCUUAGUGGCACUGCUCACUGUACCUGCUUACAUUAUGCAACUAUGAAGCAUGCAUGUUGGGUGUGAAUCGAUCCUUAUCCAUCCGAGGGAGAUAAAGACCACGCGUGGACUUUGGAGGUCAACCACGCGUGUACUUCAGCGAACGCUGCCACGGUUUGACUCGUCAGGGCCGGAUAAGGUCAGAGCAUGCUCAAAGACAAGCAAUUUGCUGGCUGGGUUUCCCCAUUGCACUGUCUUGCUUACUGCAGAAACCCUUCUCGGUCAGAGGAAACGUUGAAAUGAGCUGUUACAACCGAAUGUAUUGC